GUGCUGAGGGCCAGAUGACGUGGCAGUGGCUUGUCUAUAUUUGGCUUUGAGGAAAAAGAGGCAGAAAAAGCUGCCAGGGUAGAAGUUGUUUUUGAGGAAGUCUUUUUCUUUUUUCCCCCCUUAAAGCCACACAUUACUGCUCUCACACACACACACACACACACAACACCCCACCUAGGCGGGCUCCUGUGAUCUGCGAUGCCCCACGGUGUGUCUGAUCUUCUAAAGAUCGCUCACAAAAAGUGUUGAAGUCCAUGUUGACAAAUUAAGCGUCUUUCCAAUCAUUUCUGGGUGUCUGAGACGAAGCAACAGCAGUCAAGUUGGAACAGGAGUGUGUUUGUUCGCAGGCGGUGUUAUCAUUUUUAGAAACCUUGCCAGGACAGACGAUGAAGGGGGGGGUUUGCCCUGACCAGAAGCCUAGAGGCAGCCUGAGUCUCUCCUACCUUUCCCUUCUACUUACAGCAAUUACAGGCCUGAACUCGCAACUAUAAUAACGGUAUAAUGGGAUGGCAGCAGAGCAGCAAUAAAAGCCGCCCCUGACAGAUUAACAGUCCUCUCCAAGUUCUGAGCUGUAAUUAACAAUGAGACCGGAGAGGAACAGAGAAAAGAAAGGAGCUAGAUUGAAAGCUUGGAAAGAUAAAGAUAAAGUGAAGGGAUGGGCUGUCUGUGGAGCGAUUUAAUAAAAUUAGGAUAAGUCUUUAAUCGUCAACAUGGACGAGUCGGAGCAAGAGCCCUGCUAGAGCUGCAUGUUGAAAUCGCUGGAAUGGAUUUUUUAUUUCCAGUUUCCAUGUAAUCAUUUUAAUGUUGCAUAAAUAUUCAAAAAUAGUUUUUAGCCAAUUUGGAAAAUAAGCCCUGUGGAAAAAAUUUAUAUUACUCUCAUCUGCGCAGCAAAUCUGAAGCCUACUACAGACGACCCUCUGUUAGCUUUGAUUGGCUCAGCAAAGAGACUGAAAAAGAUUGACUUUGGCAGUCACCUACACUGUAAAAGCGAAAAACCUGUGAUUUUACAGUUUUCCUCUGUAAAAUCACACAAAAAUGUCAAUAAAAUUACAGGAGUUUGCAUGUCAAAUGAAAAAAGAGAUAAAAAACUAACUUUUGAAGUUUGAUUUUUACAUGAAAAGACAUAAAAUACAUUCACACAUGUAUUAUGAUAUCAAAUAUUUCCUUAUUUAGUAAAGAAAAUCAUUGAAGGUUUUUUUUAGAGACAGUAUAGAGACAGUAUAUAGGUAGUAUAAAUUUUUUUUAUACAUGUCAAGCUGUUAAAAAAGUCAAACGUACACAUAAUCUCAUGUAAAUUAAGGCCAAAAAUGAAUUUUAAUUGUGUGAAAUUGCUGUAUUUUUAUGAUAUGAUUAUUUCUGGCAUUUGUUGGCACAUUAUCAGCUUGAAUAUUAUUGGAGGGUUUUACAGUUUUUUUAAGAGUACACCAGAAACUCUACAGCUCACUAAUUAACACGUGAUGUAUAAUUUCAUUUAACCACAAACUCUCACACACAUUAUAAACUGCAAUUCACGCGUUUAUGGGGAGUUUGUGUUAGACUAUUUCUUGGCUCUCAGCUGGUUGCCAGGCAACGGUCCCAGCCAAGAAAAGGUCUACUGCUAAGCUAAACCCAGCGACCAAGGUAAAUACUGAAACAUUCGUAUUAUUGCUCAAUUCUGAGACACAUGAAGGUCCCAAUUUCUAUAUUUAAACUUGUAUUUCUCUCACCAUCUUUAACAACUAUUUGUAAUAAGGUGCAAACAUGAAAAUCAAGCUCUCAAGGGUCAGCAAGCUAACAACUAGCUAACAUUAGCGUAAAAAGGGCAAUUUCUGGCAAACGCUUCAGAAACUCAGACUUUAUUGUGCUUCACCUGAGACAUAACUCCCUUUAAAUAACAAAUUAUUUUGUUCAUACUUAGCAUAUGUUAAACAAGGAAGGUAUAAAGUGUUUAUAAAAAGUUUGACUGGAGUGGUAGGUAGCAUGCUAGCUGUUUCCCUCUGUUUCCACUGUUUGUGUUAAGCUAAGCUAACCUGGUUCCUGUAAGCCCAUUGGCAGAUGUUUACCUGCGGAAGGAGGGCGGUGUGAGCAUUUUUGUGGAGAAAAUAAUUGCAAAAUGUGCAGCUGUGUGUGUGAGAGAGGAAGAUCACCCACUCCCUGCACUCUGGUGGCAUCCCGCCCCACCACCACCAUCACUACUGCCGCCACCUCCUCCUCCCGCCUCCUGCAGACUCUGUCUGGAACUCAGAGCGUCCCACUGAUGAUCUGCACAAUAAUGGAGCCGCAUCAUGCAGCAGGUCUGGGUGUUUUCAGCAGAGCUUCCAGCCCAGCGCACAUCAGGCUGGAGCUCCUCUAAACCAGGGGUCUCUGCUUCACUUUAAAGGUUGCUCUUUUCUGAAACACACUGCACAAGGACUUCUUUCAUAUGUUUUCUGCGUCAUGUCUUUUUAUGUCGUCUGACUUUUUCCGUGUUUUGAUGUUUAUAUGAGGGGCAUUAACAGGCCCACCAUGGUUUUUCCAACAUAAAUCAUCUUUUUUUUUCUCAACGUUUUAGUGCAGGCUGCUUUCUGUUUACCUAUACCAGGGAAUGGGAGGACCUCAUUGGUUUUUUUAAGCUGCAAGUAGAUUUUAUGGAAGCGGAUAUGGGCCAGUUUUUGCUCCACAGAUGGCUCUGUCGGAGGUGAAAGUACGGGAGCUGUGCUGCUUCACAUGAGCCGCUCAGGUUUCUGUUUGGAGAACUUGCGACAUGGGCUGAGCCCCUGUGAUGGCUCUUUUCUCCUGAAAGCUGUUAAACGAGGAUGGACGACGGAAAACGGAGAUGGAUAAAUAACUAAGUUUUCGAUCAGAGUGACGUUAAAUAUCUUCACCUUUUCUACGCGGAGAGCGCGCACGCACCGGCACGGACGCCAGAGCUCUGAGCGCACCACACUGGAACUGAAGCCAAAUUUCCAGUCACCGAAAUUUCAGGGUUUGACAGUGGAGUUUGGUUGUGGUGUAGUUUUUCCUAGUCGUGAUUUUGUUCUAUUAAUUUUAUUUUUUAAUGUAGCAACUUAAAUGUACAUUGUAUCAAGACUAAAUGACAAUGCGUCGUUGCGUGUCUGGUGUUAAAACAGGCGGGCAGUAUGUAAGACAAUGUUAUAAAUUUAUAGCAGACGUGUGGUUUUGAUCAAAAUAACCUACUACAACUGGAUAUUGGUUUUAAAAUAGCAAAUUAACUUUCCAAAGCUCAGUUCUGCGUUUUAAGCGCUUUUACGCACGCAUAUUUUUCUUGCUUGGUUUUGGAGGCGCAGCUUCAGUCCACCGUUCACCUCAAGAGGAAUAUCUCCGUCUCCUCCCCGGACAAUGUGGCUCCCCCGCCUCUCGCUGCUGCUGCUGCUCCGGUUCUCCGGUGUGUUGCCGGUGGAGGGGCUCAACACGUGCCAGUCCAUCAACCUGGACGCGCAGAAGUCUCGGCGCAUCGAGGCGGUGCGCGGCCAGAUCCUCAGCAAGCUGCGCAUCCGCAGCCCGCCGGACGACGACGACGACGACGAGUCCCCGGUGCCCGGUUCAGUGCCACCGGAGGUCAUGCUGCUCUACAACAGCACGCGGGAGCUGCUCAAGGAGCGCGCGCGUCUGGGCGAAUCCGCGUGCGAGCGCGAGAGCAGCGAGGAGGAUUAUUACGCCAAAGAGGUGCAGAGGAUCGACAUGAAGCCCCCCCGCACCGACACCAAUGUGGUGCAGCCAGUAGCACCCAACCCCCAUUACAGAGUCGUCCACUUCGAUGUCAGCGGAGUCGACCUGACCAACAGCACCCUGGUCAAGGCUGAGUUCAGGAUCUUCAGAGCUCCCAACCCGCAGGCCCGGGCCUCGGAGCAGAGAGUGGAGCUCUAUCAGUUGCUAAAGCCAAGCGAAGACAGCACCUCCACUCAACGUUAUAUUGACUCCCGCACCCUUCAACCGAGGGCCAAGGGAGCCUGGAUCUCUGUGGAGGUCACAGAAACCAUAAAGGACUGGGUGUCAGAUCCAGGUCAGAAUAAUCUUGGUCUGAAACUGGGCGUCCACUGUCCCUGCUGCACCUUCGUUCCCAUCCACCAACAACAUGUUCCCAACAAGAGUGAGGAGCUGGAGGCCCUGUUUGCUGGUUUGGAUGAUGAGCGACUGCGACAGCUAAGAAAACCGGGUCAGGUUAAAGGCCAGGCUGACUUCAGCACCAAGACGCCACACCUCAUCCUCACCCUGCUGCCCAGUGACAGAGUGGACAACCCGGCCAAGAAGAACCGCAAGAAGAGGGCGGCUGCCACAGACACCACAACCUGCUCUCGGGUAGGCCGUCAACCAGCCACUGUCGGCUCAGACCAGGGCUGCUGCCUGCGCUCACUCUACAUCGACUUCAGGCGUGACCUUAACUGGAAGUGGAUCCAUGAGCCAAAAGGUUACAAAGCCAACUUCUGUGCCGGCAACUGUCCGUACCUCUGGAGUGCAACAACCACUAACAACAUGAUCCUGCCGCUUGUACAACAGCUGAACCCUGGCUCCGCCUCACCCUGCUGCGUUCCUCAGGACCUGGAGCCCCUCACCAUCAUGUACUUCAUUGGCCGCACACCACGUGUUGAGCAGCUCUCCAACAUGGUCGUGAAAUCCUGCAAGUGCCGCUGAGGGAGGCGAGUUCAGACGGAGACGUGAGGGAGGCAGAGAGGAGGAGAAUGAUGACAGGACCAAAACUACAAACUGGCUUCGUCUCAGGGGGGAACAAGUUGAGGAGGACAGACGGAUCCUCUGUUCAUUAAGCUUCGCUCUUUGAUCACCUUUAGCAGACUUUUCAGAUGUUUAUUUUUUACGGCUACCCAACUCAAAUGUCAGGAUUUCAUUCCCACUUUUUACAGGCAUGACACCUUCUUCGCUCUCUGGAACUUUCCGUUUGACAUAGGACACUGUAAUAGGACAACGCAGCCCUAUUAAACCUGGACGUUGGAUA